AUGAACGUCGUGGGCGUCAUAUCUAUAGUUUUCUUCUAUUGCCUAAUCCUGUCGGUCGGGUUAUGGGCCGGCAAGAAGAAACACACCGGCAACUCGGAGGAAGAAGUAAUGCUGGCGGGCAGAAAUAUUGGGCUUUUCGUCGGCAUAUUCACGAUGACGGCAACCUGGGUCGGCGGUGGGUAUAUUAAUGGGACGGCCGAAGCGAUUUACACGUCAGGCCUGCUAUGGUGUCAAGCUCCGUUCGGAUAUGCUCUAAGUUUGGUCUUCGGUGGAAUAUUUUUCGCCGAUCCGAUGCGCAGACAAGGAUAUGUUACCAUGUUGGAUCCGCUUCAAGAUUGUUUUGGCGAACGUAUGGGAGGACUGCUGUUUUUACCAGCUCUGUGCGGCGAAGUGUUUUGGUCUGCCGGGAUAUUGUCCGCUUUGGGGGCUACGUUGAGUGUGAUCAUCGAAUUGGACCAGGCUACCAGCGUUAUUUUGAGCUGUUGCAUUGCAGUUUUCUAUACCAUUUUCGGAGGACUAGCCAGCGUCGCUUAUACGGAUGUCAUUCAACUGUUCGCUAUAUUCAUAGGACUGUGGUUGAGCGUGCCGUUUGCGUGGUAUAACAAGAAAGUAGACUUUAACCAGCCUGGCUUGGAUUUGAUCGGCGAGAUCCAGGGAAAGGAUUUCUUAAGCUACAUAGAUUACGCGUUGCUGUUGGUGUUUGGUGGAAUUCCAUGGCAGGUCUAUUUCCAGAGGGUGUUAUCGAGUAAAUCAGCUUCACAAGCUCAGAUACUUUCAUUUGUCGCAGCCUUUGGAUGCUUCAUCAUGGCAAUACCACCGGUUAUUAUUGGAAUGGUAGCAAGGGCUACAGAUUGGAAUCAGACAAAAUACGAAGGACCGAUGCCAAUGACUCAGAAGGAAACUAGCAUGGUGUUACCAAUGGUUAUGCAGUACCUCACCCCAGAUUGGGUGGCGUUCUUCGCAUUGGGCGCGAUUUCUGCAGCUAUAAUGUCUUCGGCCGAUUCCAGCGUUCUUUCAGCCAGUUCUAUGUUUGCGAGAAACAUCUAUCGAAUGUUAUUACGACAAAGCGCAUCAGAAAUGGAGAUUGUCUGGGUCAUGCGAUUAUCCAUCGUAGUCGUCGCCUUUUCCGCUACGACUAUGGCAAUUACUAUCCCGUCCAUUUACGGCCUGUGGUCCAUGUGUUCUGACCUAGUUUACGUUAUCCUAUUCCCACAGUUAACUAUGGUAGUUCAUUUCAAACACUAUUGCAAUACAUACGGGUCACUAGCCGCGUACAUAGUCGCAUUUUACAUACGAAUGGCUGGCGGUGAACCUUUGUUGGGCCUGAAACCAAUGAUACACUUCCCUGGAUGGGACGGUGAAAAACAACUGUUCCCGUUCCGGACCACAGCUAUGCUCUGUUCGUUGUUUACGCUGGUAUUCGUCUCUUGGUUUACAAAGUGGCUGUUUAUCAAUGGUAAGCUGGCACCGCACUACGACUGGUUCCAUUGCGUGGUGAAUAUACCGGAGGACGCGGUGCGAGUUGGAGAGCCGCACGAGGGUGAACAGAUGACCACGCUCACGUCAGGUCCGAUGGGGCCGCAGUACGGCGCUGCCGUGACCACCGGUCUGGUCGGCAAAGACGAGAGGAACGGCAGAAUCAAUCCAGCACUGGACAUCAACGACGACGAAGCGACUACCACUACCGCGGUUCAGAGGAAAGCCAGCGUCGUGGGAAAGGUGUACAAGCAGGGAUACGAACAGACGACCACCGGGUUUUGA